UCUUUCCAGCUAGCUAAUAAGAAGCUACGAUAAUAUUACUAUUAGUCUAAGAUGCCUAGCCCAUUUUUUGCUACUAUUUUCCUACUGGUGUUAUUUAUUGGAACAUUUGUUAGUUGUACUGAGGGUGCACCUCGUGCUUUCUUUGUGUUUGGUGACUCUCUUGUUGACAAUGGCAACAAUAAUUAUUUACUAACUUCAGCAAGGGCAGAUUCUCCACCUUAUGGAAUUGAUUAUCCAACUCAUCGUCCUACUGGCCGUUUUUCUAAUGGCUUCAAUAUACCUGAUCUUAUAAGCCAAGAGCUUGGUGCGGAGGCUACAUUGCCUUAUUUGGACCCUGAGCUUACUGGAGAUAAAUUGCUCGUUGGAGCAAAUUUUGCUUCUGCUGGAAUUGGAAUUCUUAACGAUACUGGAAUUCAAUUUGCAAACAUAAUAAGAAUAUCGAUGCAAUUACAAAACUUUGAACAAUAUCAAUCACGAGUGAGUGCUCUUAUAGGAGAAGAACAAACAGAGCGGCUAGUAAAUGGAGCACUUGUUCUUAUUACUUUGGGAGGCAAUGACUAUGUCAACAACUAUUUUUUCACACCAGUUUCUCUAAGACGACUUCAGUACAAUCUUCAAGAUUUCUCUGUUUAUAUCAUCUCCGAGUAUCGAAAGAUCUUAAUGAGGCUAUAUGACUUAGGAGCUAGAAGAGUUUUAGUGACAGGAUCAGGUCCAUUAGGUUGUGUCCCAUCUAGUUUAGCCUCAAGGAGUGUCAAUGGAGAAUGUGCUGAGGAGCCUCAAAGAGCCUCAGCAAUUUUCAACCCUCUCCUUGUCCAAAUGAUUCAAGGACUCAAUCAAGAACUUGGCUCUGAUAUCUUUGUUGCUGCAAAUGCUAUGGAGAUGCAGACUAACUUCAUCACAAAUCCACAAGCUUUUGGUUUUGUGACGUCAAAAAUAGCAUGUUGUGGACAAGGACCGUAUAAUGGAAUAGGCAUUUGCACAGCUUCUUCAAAUCUAUGCCCCAACAGAGAUUUAUAUGCAUUUUGGGAUCCUUUCCAUCCUUCUGAACGUGCCAAUAAAAUUAUUGUUCAAACACUUUUUACUGGCUCUGAUAAGUACAUGACACCAAUGAACUUGAGCACCAUUAUGGCUAUUGACUCUCUCUAAAUCCAAUUAUAUAAU